AUGACUCGCGCUUCGGCUCCUCCACUCCUGCUGCAACUUCAGAGUGCAGACUCGUCGUCGGCUCAGGCAGCUGCCCUCCGGAGCUUGAAGAACGAGACAAUUGGUCAUGAUCAACGUAAAGAGUCCUGGAUACGAUGGGGGAUCAUUCCCGUGCUCGCCAACAUCCUGGCUGCCCGGCAGCCCUCCGGCAAAGGACCUGCUUCCGCGGAGCACAGCGGGGGCUCGAGGCUUCGCUAUCCUACGUCGUCGGAGGACGAAGCGUGUCUGCAGGCGGUUAUUAUUCUGGGGAGUUUGGCACAAGGAACUGAUGCUCGAGCAGGCGGCGCGGCCUUCCUUUCCCCCAUCUUCUCCAGUGGUAUCCUCUCCGCCCUUCUCUCGAUCCUCUCCGCGCCUGAAUGUCCCUCGUUCUUCGUUUGCCCCAUUCUCCGAACCCUAAACAACAUCGCGGAUCGGUUACCACUGCAGAGUUCGGCCAAGGACACGCGCUUGGCCGACCUACUCUUCUCCAAUGACCACAUUGCCUGCUUAGCCCACAUCCUGAGCCAGGACUACGGUAACCACCAUAAUCAAGCGGCCAUUGAACUUGCUGCGUCUCUCGUCGGGAAACUGUGCACGGAGGAAACCCACAAGGCAGUUUUGGCCGAGUGCGGAGUCUUAGAUGCCUUGGCCGUGAAGGUAGCUUCUUUCAUCGUGGCUCAAGGUUUCGUGCUUCCUGGUGCAGAAGCACAUGUACAGGAAUCUGGUGCGCUCGGGUCUUUGCCGACCCCUGCACCGGCUGGAGCCAAAUUGGCACCUAUUCUUCGGGCCAUCACAGUCAUAAUCGAGCAUUCGAAGUGGCGCGCCGAACAUUUUCUCUCGUCGCCGGGUAUACUUACGGUGUUUCCCAAGCAGCUACCCGAGUUCGCACCGACAGACAUCAAAAAGGGACCGUGGGGUUCAACCUAUCUUUCAGGCUCGGCCGUCCCCCGCCAUGCCGGCGCGAGUCCCUUGGAGCACCUCUUGCCCUCAGUCCCCUUGGCGCAAAACAAGUCUCCGGCCAACACCCCCAAUUUUCCGCCUUUGGGCCACCAGGGCACCACCCAUCACCGCCGACACAGCCAAUCAAUUUCGACGCCGAUGUCGGUUUACGACACUCCAACUUCCGAAGACGAGGAAAACCCCAUCGUGCCGUGGCUCUUGUAUAUCCUCCGCACAGAAAGUGGCAUGGUCCGGUUGAUGGCGGCUCGUUUGGUUACCGUUCUCUUCCGUCUGGGCCUGACCAAAAAGCGACGAGUUUCGAUGCUAUGCUACGUCUUGAUACCUAUCUUAAUACGCAUGCUCGAUAAGGACUACGAAGUAACUGGGGACGACGGGGUGCAAUACGGCGGAUUGAUUCCUUCGAGUGAGCGUCUUCGUGAAGAGGCUCCGUUCGUGCUUGCGACCCUGGUGAUCGACGAUUUCGAGUUGCAGAGGCACGCCGCCGACGGAAAUGCUAUUAAACGGCUCUCUCAACUGCUCAAAGAAACAUAUAACCCGGUGCAAGAGGCUAUACGUCCGAUGUGGCAUGCCGAAGGCGAAGAUAGUGCCUCGAGUCCCCCCGAAUCCCUGCCGGCGGAGUGUCGACUGGGUUCCCCUGGCUUUUCUCCUAUCCACUGCCAUGUCAUGCGCUACCGCGAGAACAUUCUUAAGGCUCUAGCUGCUCUAGUCCCUUUCAAGGACGAGUAUCGCAAAGCUGUCUGUGAGAAUGGCGUGGUACCGUACAUCAUUGAUUCGCUGAAACCGUGCUCGGAUGAUCAAUUGGCGGACACCACAUCGCCUAAGAACACUGCUACCCAUGGCAAUCCAACACCAACUCUGCUGGCUGCUUGUGGUGCCGCACGGAUGCUGACGCGCUCAGUCAGUGUUCUGAGAACAAGUAUGAUCGACGCGGGUGUGGCGACGCCCCUAUUCGUCUUGAUUAAACACCCCGAUAUCGAGGUGCAAAUCGCCGCAACGCAGGUCAUCUGUAACUUGGCCUUGGAUUUCAGUCCGAUGAAGGAGGCGAUUAUUUCCGCGGACAUUCUCCCCACGCUUUGCGAGCACGCACAUUCUCCCAGCACCAAGCUCCGCAUUGAGUCGCUGUGGGCGCUGAAACACGUGGCGUAUAAUUCCACCAACGACGUCAAGGUCCGGAUUAUCGAGGGGCUGGGCCCCGGGUAUAUCAGGCAGAUCAUCACCCAGGAUCCGAUCACUGCCUUGGCGAAGCGAGGACUGGAUGAAGACAUGGAGAACAACGGCGGCGUCGGGAUGGGCCGGGCCAACUCUGCGCGAGAACAGGUGGACCUGCUGAACCCGAUGGAGACUGCCGGGCACGACGAGGAUUUGAAGAUGGCGGACACCAUGCCCCCGUCCAAGAUGAGCCUGGACAUGUUCCUCCCCGACGCUACGCGGCGGCGCAAGUUGGCAUUGCAUGGCAAUCUCGACCAGACGACCCAGGCUCGGCAGGAUGAUAUUGCGGUGCAAGAACAGACGUUCGACCUGUUGCGGAAUAUCAUCUGCGGGCCUGGGGCAUCCGAGAUGAUUGAGCACCUGUUCAAGACGCUCGGGCAGGACCUGAUUCUGGAUGCGUUGGCGGACAAGCUCCGGCCCCGCUCGAUCCAGCUUCCGCAUCGGAGGGAGGCGUCGGGGCACCGGGCUCUGAGCGUCCCUACGGAGAUUCUGGUAUCGGUUACCUUCGUCAUGAUCCAUCUGGCUGCCGGCCUCCCCUGGCAUCGGCAGCUCCUCGUGUCGCAUCGGGACCUGUUGCGCUAUCUGAUGGGGUACUUCAACCACAGCCAUCGCGACGUGCGGACCAACUGCGUGUGGGUGGUGAUCAACCUGACGUAUAAGGAUGACGCGAGCGAGGAGGAGGGCUGUCGAGAACGGGCGUUCCGACUACGGGCGAUGGGGGUGAUGGAUCGGCUGGCCAGCCUGGGCGAUGAUCCGGACCUGGACGUGCGAGAACGGACGCGGACGGCGCAGGAUUUGGUAAAUUCCUUGACGCACGCAUAG